AUGCGAAACCCCUUCCGACGUCGGAACAAGAAGGACAAGGCCGGUAGUGGUGGCCAGAGCUCAGACUUUAUUGUUCCCAUAGAGUUCCGUCCUCCUGGUGCUGGACGCCCACCGUUAUAUCCUCCAACUCGGCACUCAGCAUAUCUACUUGCUCAUCUGCCAUCAAAGGUGCUGGAGCGCAUCUUUGCUUUUGUUUGCCCGCACGCCCUUGACGAGACUUAUGAUACUUGUGAAGGCAGCGCAAGCACGAGUGACAGCAGGUGCAUGCUAUGCGACCUUCGUGAUUUAGCUCAUUGUGUUCAAGUUUGUCGCGCAUGGCGGCCCAGCGCCGUCAAGAUCUUAUACCAUAGCGUUCGUAUCGAUCCAGUCCACUACUGCCGUCUAGAAGAAUGGCUUGCCGAAAAACGUAAAAAGACCUCCCGCUUCGAUCGCAAUGGUGUCCCCGAGGAUCCUGCUCAAGCUCGUCUCCGUCUCCUCCGACGUACUGUCCGUGAUGACCCUACACGUAUUGGAAAGUCUGUACAAUAUUUGAAGCUUCCUUACAUGUUGCGCGAGUCCUCCCAGGUCGAGCUUGCCCAGACCAUCGCGGUUCUUCCAAACCUACGAUAUGUUGACUUGCCUGAGGGGAUGUUUUGCGAUGAUCCUCAUUACGCGACCCUCCGCCUCGAAGUCCAAGCUCGAUGUCCUAAUCUUCGAAAAAUGACCUAUAUGGGAGGCUCCGAGCGAAGCCUGGCCAUGCUCGCCUCGGGUCAAGUGUGGCCGAAUCUUGAGGUGCUAGAAUUGAACGAUCUCGCGAUUGAUGCCAUGACGCUUCGGGCUGUUCUCGGUAGUCUCAGCAACUUACAAGCACUCAAGGUGUCAAACACGCCAGGUCUCUCCGAUGAGGUCCUGUCCUCAUCAGAUGGUCUUCCUACGCUACCACCUAUGAAGGAAUUAGUGCUCAAGGAUACACCGGGAGUGACAUUAAAGGGCCUUAUCGAGUAUCUUGCUUGGCAGGAGACACAGCAAGCUCUGACGGUCCUGACGCUUAAGGAUACAGGCGUCCAUCCUGCCAGCUUGCAAGAAAUAUUCACAAUGGCAUCGUCUCUCAAGACAUUUGCCAUUCAGUCCAACGUUUCUGAACAAUUCCCAACCUCAGCCAAUUCGCGCCCACUGGCAUCAAGAACCCUCGAAACUUUACGGUUUGAGAUUUCUUCUUAUUCAGCGGGUGCCUUCUCCAGUAUAACGAUGGGCUAUUACUCAUAUCUGGCGAGCUCCAUCCUUGGCGGCGGGUUCCCUAGACUAAGGCGACUCUACGUUCACGAUGAAAGUUUCCCUGACCAGUUACAAGGACUUCCACCUCCCAAUGCCGCAUUCGCUGGAGGGCAUGUGCGGAAUGGGUCCAAUUCAUCUGCGAAAUCCACUCCAGGGUUUGCCUUCCCAUCAUCAAACCUAUCACCAAAGUCGGCGAAUCUUCCUGUGCCUAGGCGGCCCAUGUCGAAUAUCCAACCACCCAGCAAACGCUUCAGCUCUAAUAAUCCAUUCGCUCCUCGCAAUCCCUCUUCGGUAGCUCCCACGCACACACUCGAAGUUUUUACCAAGAGCGACGAGUUUGGAAAAUGGAACUUUGUAUCAGUUGAUCCGAUGAUUAGAUCUGCUGCGGCACCGUCUCGCCGACCGGUUAGCAGCUACGGGCUGGCGGCCGAUGUCACAGGGUCUGGGUGGGACCGAGGGGAUGCUCGACGCAGUGUCAUGGUUGGCAAUGGAUCUGGUGUGUUUUUGGCUGUGCCUGGCCAAGGGGGCGACGAGGGUGCGUUUAAUGGAAGCUCUGAUCCAUGGCGACCUCAGAGCAGUGGGGGAACCCCUCGACGCAGUCGAGAACUGUGGUAG